GAUAAGGUACUGUAAUAUUUUUGCUAUAUUUCUGAGUUUAAGAAAUAUGUUAUUACAGCUCUCCGUUAAAUUAAAUAUUAACUUAAGGAAGGGAGGUGACUUGUUUCUCUUUUAGCCGUUGUGAUAUUUUAUUGGUUCCGAAAAUAGCACAGUGCAUGGGGUAACAGCAACGUUCGCCGCUGGAAACUCUACACGGAUUUUCCCAAUUUAGACUUUUGACGGGACUUAACGAAGAGCAAAAAUAGCUCGUGGUAGGGUGUGAACUUGCGAGCGGAGUUCAGUCGCCAUGGGAAGAGCGGUUUCAAGCCGCAGGCGUCGCGCAUUCAUUGAUGUUUGAUAAAAUCUGUUCGCCAAACCAGCAUCUUGUAAACUUUUGAAUAGUUUAUGAGAUAUUUAACUUUUAAGCGGUAUUGUGAAUACUGGGUUAUUUUAUAACUGCUAUUUGUUUAUAUGCUUACUGUGCUCUCAUUUUAUCGCAAUCAUGAGUGAUAUUCCAGAAGGUGUUAAGAAAUGUGUGGCAAUUCUCCGGGCUGCUAGAAGUGAUACGGAAAAAUUUGCUGCUUUAUUUAUGGUGACAAAAUUGGUGAAAGGAAGUGAUUGCACUGCACAAUCGAAAAAGAUGCUUUUUGAAGCAAUUGGUUUCAGUUUUUUGAAGAAACUACUACUCUCAUCUGUUGUUCCAGAAGAUUGUCCGCCAUUGGUGUAUAAGUCUGUGGCGAUGUCUGUUCUUUCGAGUUUCUGCUCAGAACCAGAGCUGGCUACCCAUCUAGAAAUGUUAAAGAACAUACCUGUUUUCCUCGAGAUAGUCCAGCAAGCAGACGACGAUGCGUUGGAUGACGACCUGAUCGUAAUCAGUGAAGCUUACGAAUGUUUGCAGGCCAUUGCAAGCCACGAGCCGGGUCAAAAAGCAUUACUAGAAAUGGGUGCAAUUGCUAAAAUGUGUGAAAUAUAUUCUCAACAAAGUUUUCAAACAGAUGAAGCACUGAAUGUUCUAGUGACUUUAGUCACACGAUUUGGUCAGGAUGCUUGGGAUGAAGAUCCUAAACCAUUCCAUGCUAUAGUGAAUAAGAUUGCACUUGAUUUUGAAACUGACCACAGCGAAAGGAAGUUUGAGCUGUGCAGCAUUCUGCAUGCCCUGUUGUUCAGCUGCCGUCGAGAUGUGAUAGCGCAUAGCUCUGCGGAGGAGCAGUGGGUGCAAUACAUUUACAAAGGUCUGAGCGAUGUCCUGACAAGCAAGAUUGGUAAAGCACAAAGAGACCCUGCUCUCAAAUUGGCUUCGGUCGUCGUGGAAGUGCUCGGCGUCGAAUGGUGUCUAAGAGACGAAGAUAAGCCGAGGCAGUUUUUCCUCUUGCUUGUCCAUCUCUGCUCUGUAGAAGUUCGCAUGCAGCUGGAAGAUCGCAACAUGUCUCAAAUAAUGAACAAUGCAGACUUGGUCACGGCGUGUUUCAUAGUUCUGGAGCUGUCCAUAGCUUUUGUGGCUACAGACACCCUGGAUCUGGAGCAGAAGGAAAAACAGCAGCUUUACACGGCCCUGAAAGGAGCAUUUGCAGCGAUCAUGUCAACGCUAGUGAAAGUGUCCAAGGAAUCUCUGGAGAAGCAAGGAGCGAAGGAAAAGGUUUUUAUCUGUGCAAUGGUUCGUGUCCUGGGUGCCUGGCUGGCACAGGAGACUUCUGCAAUGAAAAAUGCAGUGACCACUCUUCUUCCAUUCAUGUUGAAAUUGGCGAACGAAACGUUUUACGCGUACAGAGCUCGACGCACGACGGAGAGAGCCAGAGGGGAUUCGCCCGGAGCCCCGUCGAGCGACCCUCUCAGCCAGCUGGACAUCCUGCGCCUGCUGCUGCCGGCCAUGUGUCACCUCACCGUGGACGAGAAGGCUCGCAGAAUAAUGCUGGACGUCAAGCAGGAGGAGGUUUUGUACGAGUGCCUGCUCUACCACUGGUCGAUAGUCCACUACAAGAAGCCGGUGGUGCCGAAAUCGGAACGAGGAAAAACCAAGAUGGGUCCGGAGCCGGAGCUAGAUCCCGGCGUGGCGGACGAGAUGAAAGAUUCGCGCACGGCCAUGAUCAGCAUCUGCAACAUCUUCAUGAACGUGACGGUGCUGGAAGCCAAGAUGGUGGAAGAGAGCGCGCUGUUUGCGACGCUACUCAAGUUCAUCUUCAACAACCUGCCCGAACUGAAGAGCACGCCCGACAACCUCGUGCUGCACGGCAACCUGGCCGUGCUGGGGCUGCUGCUUCUAAAGCAGCAGGCCAAGCGCGCGCGCAAGAACGACUUCUCCAUCUGCCGCUACGUGCAGGCGACGAUCCGCUUCCUGUGGGGAGCGUUCAGCGCGGAGGAGUCGCACGACGCCUCGACGCUGGUGGUGUCCAUGAGCUACAAGGAGCACUGGCUGGAGCUGCAGGAGCUGUGGUUCCUGGGCAUGCAGACCAUGAGCGCCGUGCUGGCCCUCGUGCCGUGGCUGUCGGAGUUCGCGCUGGAGAGCGGCUGGGCCGAGGCCAUCGUGGACACGCUGAAGCAAGUGAAGAUGGGCUCGCUGCCCGCCAACACGCGCUCCGCCUACGAGGACUUCCUGUGCCACCUGGUGGACGCGGACAAGAGCGUGGCGCGCGUGCUGAAGGAGCGUGAUGCUCUCGCCGUGUGCCGGACCCACAGGCUCAUGGAGCUGGGCAAGCGCCUGUUCGGCGACUAGAGCUCUCUCGCUCGGGACGUUAGUUGUCGUGGAUCCUGUGUGUGCGUGUUGCAUGCUUGUGGCUAACACUGGCUGGGGACCGGGUCUGGCAUGUUGGCAGUCGUGUUGUGUUUGUGCUGUUUUCCAGUGGAGAGUCGCUCGUCCACGGUGCCGGCCGUGUGCACCGUGCCGAGGGCCGUGACUCUCCGCCACAGGUACCGCCCUGGUGUGCGUAACCUGCAUGCCACCUCCUAGCUAGAAGGUUUAGGAUUGCAUUGGCAGGCGACACUCCUUCGUGAUUAUACUUGUUUAUCUCUCCCAACAUGGUGGUUUUAAAUUCCUGUUUUGUUAUGAUAAAUUCAUUAGUAGUUAGAUUGGUAAAUAUGUAGUUGAGAGGUAUUUGCGGAAAAAAAAUGUUAAAAAUCCGAAAUUACCUUUAUUAGAUGCUCUUCAACUUCCUCUUUUCAUUAAAAGCGGCUGCGAUAAGAAAUUCCAAAUACUUUAGGAGAUAUCGCCGUUCUUAUUUUGCUAUACAAGACCUGUGUAAUCAUUCGACCGUUGCAAUUUUUUUUAUUGCCAUGUGUUUGUGAAUGCCUAAUUAAUGAAAAUGGUCGAUUAGGUCAGUUACAUUAUAAAUACUUUGAAACUAAGCGUAUAUUAAAAAUAUGAAUUAAUUUCAAUGGUUCUUUAGUUUUAAAGUAUUUAUAGUGCAACUGACCUGACCUAACAAACCGGGACAAAGGAUGAACAGUAACAACUCACGUAAAAAUUUUUUUGUUACUUAUUACUUGCGCAACAAUAACAAAUAACACUUUAAAAUUAGAAACGUUAAAAACUCACCUAAGUUGGAGGCGGUAAUUAAACACCGUUUUAAACAAUAAAUGAACUAUAUAAUCACGUAUUGGUUCAUUUGAAUUCUGGCUUAUCACGAACAAUCACGUGACAUCCUUAUCAUCCUUAUCCAAUAAAAAAAUAGAUACUCGUAAACAAGAAACAAUGGUGAAUGCCACAUGAAUGCACUGGUAUUGUGAUGAAAUUUAAAAAUUCGAUAUCUCCUAAAGUAUUUGGAAUUUCUUACCUCCGCCGCUUUUAAUGAAAAGAGGAAGUUGAAGAGCAUAUAAUAAAGGUAUUUUCGAAUUUUUAACAUUUUUUUUUCGCAAAUACUGCUCGACUACAUAUGAUGACAUUUAAAAAUUCAAUAUCUCCUAAAGUAUUUGGAAUUUCUUACCUCCGUCGCUUUUAAUGAAAAGAGGAAGUUAAGAGCAUAGAAUAAAAGUAUUUUCGGAUUUUUAACAUUUUUUUUUUGCAAAUACCACCCAACUACAUAUUUACCGUUAGAUUUAAAAUGUGAGGAAAUUUGUGGGGUUAAAGAUUCAAAAUAUAUCUCAAAUUUACCAAAGAAGCUUGAAUUAUUCCAUUAUUAACCCUUAAACCAAUCAUUAAUUUGCUCUUUUGAACACAUACAAGCGAUAAAAAAAAAACACUAUGUAUCAUAAUAACAAAACUAUUAAUCAUUUUGAGGAAAGAGAUAGAUAGCAUUCAGAAUUUCACUUUUAGCCUUAACUUAAAACAUCAUGAAGUUUGAAGGGGUAUUGGUUUCAGUAGAUGGUUAUUUUUGAAUACAUGCUACUAAUGGUAUUUGAUUAUCCUACAGAAAAGCAGUUUUAUUUUCUCAAUGAAUAAUAAAAUAUAUAAAAAAACUUUUAAAAAAAUAGAAAGCAGUUUUAGCUUUUUUCCACCAAUGUUUACUUUUUUUUUAAACCAGUAAACCACAUAGAGUUCCUAAACAUUGAAGCCUUCACAACUGAAGAGUUUUCCUGAAUUCAUUAAGGAAAAAAUUGUCAAUUUUAUGAUAUUUCAUACUUUUUAACAAUUUUACAGUAUUUUUUUAAGUUGGCUGCCCUUGGUAACCUACAUUACACUUUCAUAACCUUUUAGUGAAGUUAUCCUUUUAAGUUUAAGGAGGUUAUAGUUUAAGUAGGCAGUAGAUAUUAGCAUAUAGUUCAUGUAUUGUUUCAUGUUCGUUGCCAGUAAUU